UUCUCCACCCCGCACGCCUAUCAACCCUACGUCGAACUGUCUUUCUUCAAAACUGACAAUAUGGCGACCUUUCGCUUGGUUUACAAAAAUCAAAUUCAGCACGUGUGUAAAGGUGCCAAACUUUAAUCGUGAAAAUAUGGGCGACAACCAACAGACUUACGAUGGACCUGCCGGUAUGCAACCGGACGGAAUUAUCGAGUCCAACUGGAACGAGACCGUCGACAACUUCGACGACAUGGGCCUGAAGGAGCAGCUGCUUCGAGGCAUCUAUGCGUACGGUUUCGAAAAGCCGUCCGCCAUCCAGCAAAGGGCCAUCAUGCCUUGCAUCAAAGGCCAUGACGUGAUCGCCCAAGCCCAAUCGGGUACUGGUAAAACUGCUACGUUUUCCAUCGCGAUCCUUCAACAGAUCGAUACCAGCAUCCCGGAAUGCCAAGCGCUGAUUCUGGCUCCAACCCGCGAGUUGGCCACCCAAAUCCAGAAGGUGGUGAUUGCUCUGGGCGACUACCUGAACGCCCAGUGCCACGCCUGCAUUGGCGGAACCAAUGUCCGCGAUGACAUGCGCAAACUGGAGAUGGGUUGCCACAUCGUGGUCGGAACUCCGGGUCGUGUGCAUGACAUGAUCAAUCGUCAUGUUUUGCGCACCAGCCACAUCAAGCUUUUCGUCCUGGACGAGGCUGAUGAAAUGUUGUCCCGUGGUUUCAAGGACCAGAUUCAGGAUGUUUUCCGUACGCUGCCGAAUGAUGUGCAGGUUAUUCUGCUGUCUGCUACGAUGCCGGCUGAAGUGUUGGAAGUGUCGAAGCACUUCAUGCGUGACCCGGUCAAGAUUCUGGUCAAGAAGGAGGAAUUGACUCUGGAAGGUAUCAAGCAGUUCUACAUCGAUGUUAAACAGGAAAGCUGGAAACUCGGUACACUUUGUGAUUUGUACGACACCCUCUCGAUUACACAGGCUGUAAUCUUCUGCAACACCCGUCGCAAGGUCGAUCAACUGACCGCUGACAUGUCCUCCGAGAACUUUACCGUGUCUUCCAUGCACGGUGACAUGGAUCAGCGUGAUCGGGACUUGAUUAUGAAGCAGUUCCGUACCGGUUCUUCGCGUGUCCUCAUCACCACUGAUUUACUCGCCCGUGGUAUCGACGUCCAGCAGGUUUCCUUAGUUAUUAAUUACGAUCUACCGACGCUACGGGAAAAUUAUAUCCACAGAAUUGGUCGAGGUGGACGUUUCGGUCGUAAGGGAGUUGCUAUCAACUUCGUUACUGAAGCUGACAAACGAGUGCUGACUGACAUUGAGAAACAUUACAACACCACUAUUGAAGAGAUGCCAGCCAACUUGGCUGAUAUGCUGUAAAUCCUCUAUCAGCAAACUAAAAAAAAUCUUAAACAGCAGCAGCAAAAUCAACAUCUUCAAUACCAGCAGCAUCAGCGUCAACUUCAAAUAAAAAUAAAAAUUAAGCAACCAACAUCGACCGGAAGAAAUUAAUACUAAAUACACGACGAUCAUAUAAGGAAACCUGCAAUCAACAACUGAAAUAUUACCAUCAUCAGACAAGAGCGUCGUAUACAAGAACCGAAGAAACAAAAACUUCUACUUAAAACAACAUCCAGAUAUUUUCAGUGAAAUCAUUGGAAAGUCCUUUCUGUAGAAGUUUGCAGUUUAUUACAUGUGUACCAAGAUUCGAUACGAACAAUCACCAGCAAGUUUAAUAAAUACCGAAAAAAGGCAACAAAGCAAAAUCCCAGACACAAAGUGAAGAAAACAUCCAAUUUAAAUUAACUUUGAAGAAUAGUCCUAUAUUUUACAAUACCUUUCCUUUAAAAUAAUCCCUUGUUCUUCAACCUAAUUAUAAAUGUAAACCGUUUAGUGCUAGUAAGAAUUAUUUAACGACGUUACAAUUAUUCCAAAUACUGGCGAGCCAAAUCGUUGCUUCGGGGCCUCACCUUGCGGAAACCGGGACGGUGUAUCGCAAGGUGAGGACCCGAAACAGUGAAUUGAGCGAUGAAAAUGAAAGCCACGAGGAAGGAGCCCAUCAAUCGACUAGCGUUUAGGUGAAGUUAAUACACUGAACUGUACCACCCCAUUGCCACAAACAGUAACUGAACAAGGAUCAGCACCGGCGGCAAAGUGAUCCUGUGAUCGAAACGAACCAGCAGGCACUGGGACACCAUGAAGGGCCGCAUCUGUUCUUCUACCCCUCGGACGGAGUUCUGGUUCCUUGUUAGCAGUUGUUAUUAUUUUUGAAAAUCCAAAUUUGGUUUUGAGUUUUUUUUCGGUUGUAAAUUUUUGUUUAUUAUACAUAAAAAGAAAAAUUAAAAUCAUGAGCGUACAGAAAAAA